CAGUUUGUGAAUAAAAGAGAGAAAGGUGGGGAAUAUGAGGGCAUUCGGAAAAGUAGGGAAUUGGUAGAAAGUAGACGUUUUCGUAUGAGGAGAGAAAAUGGACCUCUCGAAUCAUUCCUCCCGUGGGUUAUGUCCGGAACAAGAAUGGAGGCUAGGGUAGAUCAAUUGGAAAAGGACAUCGCCGAGAUUCCAGCAAUGAAGAAUCAAAUCAUUGACCUUACCACCACUAUUGCUUCGAUAGCUCAACAACCUGGAGCGGAUUGA